CGGCGGCAGUGGCAGUGCGGAGCCGGGUCCUGCCGCCCCCCCGCGCGGGCAGAGGACGGCCAGGCGGGCGGAGUCGCCGAUGCGGGCGGGGCGGCCCCCGGCGGCUCCGGGGACUGAGGCUGCCCCGCGCUGUGCCGGGGCCGGGGACCCGCCGCCCGCCCAGAGACCUUGAAGAAGCCCAAGCGGGGCGCGCGGGCGCCGGCAUGCGCUGAGCGGCUGCCCCUGGCCCUGCACAAGAAGAUGGCUGCAGAACUUUACCCGCCCAGCGCCCACAGCCACAGCCCGCACCUGGCCAACAGCAACCACCCCGCCGCCCCCGCCAACGGCGCCAAGAAGCCCUGCCUGCAGCUGCAGCACAGCGCCCAGCCGCCGCCGCCGCCGCCGCCCCACAACCUCAACAACAACAACUUGGAGAGCGCCAACUGGCAGUCCUUCCACCCCACCCUGCGCGAGAGGAACGCGCUGAUGUUCAAUAACGAGCUCAUGGCCGAUGUGCACUUCGUCGUGGGCCCUCCGGGGGCAUCCAAGAAAGUUCCUGCCCACAAGUACGUUUUGGCAGUCGGUAGUUCUGUCUUCUAUGCUAUGUUUUACGGUGAUCUCGCAGAGGUCAAAUCUGAAAUCCAUAUACCAGAUGUGGAACCUGCUGCCUUUCUAAUCCUAUUAAAGUACAUGUACAGCGAUGAAAUUGACCUGGAGGCCGACACGGUGCUGGCUACGCUCUACGCUGCCAAGAAGUACAUCGUCCCGGCCUUAGCGAAGGCUUGCGUCAAUUUCCUGGAGACAAGUUUAGAAGCGAAAAAUGCCUGCGUUCUUCUGUCUCAGAGCAGGCUCUUUGAGGAGCCAGAACUGACGCAGCGCUGCUGGGAAGUAAUUGAUGCUCAAGCAGAAAUGGCACUGAAGUCAGAAGGCUUCUGUGAAAUAGAUCAACAAACGCUAGAGAUCAUUGUAACCCGGGAAGCGCUGAAUACCAAGGAGGUGGUAGUUUUUGAGGCUGUUCUUAACUGGGCAGAGGCUGAAUGCAAGAGACAAGGGCUACCAGUUACACCAAGGAACAAGAGGAAUGUUUUAGGAAAAGCCUUGUAUUUGGUGCGGAUUCCAACUAUGACUUUGGAAGAGUUUGCCAAUGGUGCAGCUCAAUCUGACAUCCUUACCUUGGAGGAAACUCACAAUAUAUUCUUAUGGUAUACAGCUGCAAAUAAACCCAAGCUAGAAUUUCCCUUGACGAAAAGAAAAGGACUUGUACCUCAAAGAUGCCACCGAUUUCAAUCAUCUGCCUAUCGAAGUAACCAGUGGAGGUACAGGGGUCGGUGUGACAGCAUCCAAUUUGCUGUAGAUAAACGGAUAUUUAUAGCGGGACUGGGCUUGUAUGGGUCAAGCUGUGGCAAAGCUGAAUACAGUGUCAAAAUUGAACUUAAACGCUUGGGCGUUGUUCUUGCUCAAAAUCUCACAAAAUUUACCUCGGAUGGAUCCAGUAAUACUUUCUCAGUGUGGUUCGAGCACCCUGUGCAGAUUGAGCAAGACACAUUUUACAACGUAAGUGCCAUUCUUGAUGGCAAUGAACUCAGUUAUUUUGGACAAGAGGGAAUGACUGAAGUACAGUGUGGAAAAGUGACAUUCCAAUUCCAGUGCUCCUCAGACAGUACCAAUGGGACCGGAGUACAAGGUGGACAAAUUCCUGAACUCAUUUUCUAUGCAUGAGGCAUUUCACUUUGAUUGUAUUCCAGUACUGCUAUGCACACUAAGGGAUUUUUUUUUUUUUUUUUUUAAUUUUACUACAGAGUUCUACAGCAGUAUGGAAUGUGACGCUACUUACCUAUCUACUACAUCAAGCUAUCAAAUACGUGAAGGAAUGCUCUUGAAUUUAAUCUUAUUUUAUUUAUUCAUAAGCUAUUGACUUAAUUAUUACAACUGCAGUAUGCAGAAAGAGGUUAAAUUCCGCACGUAUUGUGCAUUUAUUUUGUAUAUAGAUGAUAACUAACUUGCAGAUUGCAGCUGACUCAGACAGAAUGUUCUAAAGUAGAGCAGUUUAUGAAUCUGUGAAAUAUAAAAACAUUUUUACUUGCCCUAAACACUUGCGUACUCUAUCACUGCUGAUGUGUUUUGGCUCCUUUCUGUGUUUUUUUUAAAAGUACUUCUGGUACAGUUCACUCAUCAAAAUGAUGUAAACAGAAUACCUGCUUCUGUGUUUGUCCACGAAGGGCAUAACUAUAUCGCCACGCAUACAGACACUGAGAUCUUUCUGGUUACCUUGCAGAGCGGACUGGGGAAAUACUUUGCUGCUUCCUCCUCUAAAGUUAAUGUACCUGAAACCUCAGUUUUGUGUACUAAUAUCUAAAACUUGGUCUCAGCUUUCAAUUUAUAACUGUAUAAAUUCAAAUUGCAUUUGGUCUGUCUCAAAUUGGGAAAGCUUUAAAUUAAACAGACAUCCAUUUUUGA